AUGCCACAGCACGACAGAUUCUCGUGGAAGGCGAUGAUCGCAGCAUUUGCCCAGAAUGGGCUUUUGGAGUCUGCGAAAUUGUGCUUUGAUGCCGCACUGGAGCGCGAUCUAGCCUCUUGGACAGUGAUCUUGCAAGGAUUUACGCGUAAUGGAUGCUUGAAUCACGCAAGAGAAUUUCUGGAAAAAAUGCCACUGUGGGAUGGAGUUUCUUGGACAGCUUUGCUUCAAGCAUUUGCCCAGGAUGGGCAUUUGGAUCAGGCAAUGCAUGUCUAUAGCUUAAUCCCUGAGAAGGAUAUAGUGGCAUCCACGAUCAUGAUGCAAAGCUACGCUCACCACGGUCGGCCCGACGCUGCCAAGAGGAUUUUUGAUGGGAUCUUGCGAGACAAAAGAAGCAUUGUGACUUGGAAUGUGAUGCUCGGUGCUUACACCCAGUCGGGAAAACUGGAGCUCGCCAAGGAGAUUUUUUAUCAGAUUCCGGUCGAGAAAGAUUCCGCGACUUGGUCGACGAUGGUCCAGGCGUAUGCGCAAAGCGGAUACAUGACAAAAGCGAAGAAUCUCUUCGAUUUCUCGCCGAGAAAGUCUGUCAUGACUUGGAACUCGAUGGUCACGGCGUUUUUCAUCAACGGGCUGUUCGAUCAAGGGAGAGAAGUCUUCAGCAAAAUGCCGAUGCAAGACACAAUCUCGUGGAACGCGCUUCUUGCAGCGAAUGCUCAGAACGGGAAUCUUGAAACCACAAGGAUGAUCUUCGACGGCCUCUGCGACAAGAACGUUGUGGCUUUCACGUCCAUGAUCCAGGCGUAUGCUCAAGGUGGUCAUCACAAAGAGGCGCUAGAGCUCUUCUACGCGAUGCUACUCGCGGGAGUGAGACCAAACGCGAUUACGUACGUUGGAGUCUUGAGCGGCUGCAACCACGCGGGGCUGGUCGAUGCCGGAAGAGAUCACUUCUUGUCAAUGCAAGCUGACGAGGGGAUUGAUCCGGUGGUAGAGCACUACUGCUGCAUGGUGGACAUUCUUGGCCGGGCUCGGAGACUGGCAGAUGCCGAGGAGCUUAUCAACAGCAUGCCGCUGGAGCCGGACGUUGUUGCUUGGAAGUCUUUGCUCUCGGCUUGCAAGACUCACGGGGACGUCGAUCGUGGAGCUCGGGCUGCCAGGUUUCUCUGCGAGCUUGAAGCUGGAUAG